AUGGCCAACCCAUACUCCCUUCCAUUCACACUCCAGGAUGCCGAUCUCCUUCAUCUCGAGUCUUAUGUUCACGGAAAAUUUGUCUCAGCGAAAGAUAACAAGACUUUUGAUAUCAUCGACCCAGGAACCGGGGAUCCUUGGGCAACAUGUCCCGAUUGUAACGUCGCCGACGUGGAGCCCGCUAUAGCCUCUUGCUAUGAUACUUUCCAGACCUACUCCAAGACGACACCGCGGCAGAGAGCUAAGUUGCUCAUGAAAUGGCAUGAACUCAUACUAGAGUCCAAAGAGGACCUCGCUAAGAUUCUGGUUCAUGAGACCGGAAAGACAUUGGCUGAGGCUCGUGGUGAGAUUGACUAUGCUCUUACCUUUGUCUGGUGGUUCUCAGGCGAAGCAGAUCGAGGAGAACAUGGAACAACUAUGACCUGCAGUGUUCCCGGUCGUCGGGGUAUGACAACUAAGCGACCUAUUGGUGUUGCGGGCGCUCUCGUACCUUGGAAUUUCCCCAUCGCACUCGCCCUUCGUAAGGCAGCGGCAGCAUUGGCCGCAGGAUGCACCAUGGUCAUCAAGACCUCACCCGAAACACCACUGACAGCCGUCUCCGUUGCCCAUCUCGCCACAAAAGCAGGCUUUCCAGCAGGUGCGCUCAACGUGCUCACCACCAGCCUUGAAAACACUCCUGCUGUAGCCGAGGCGAUGUGCCUGGACCCGAGAGUGAAGAAGGUCAGCUUUACGGGCAGUACGAGAGUGGGCAAGUUGAUCUCGACUCUAUGCGCAAAGGACCUCAAGAAGACAACGCUUGAGCUUGGCGGCAAUUGUCCAUUCAUUGUGUUUGAUGAUGCCAACGUCGACCAGGCGAUGGAGCAGCUUAUGAACCUCAAGUGGCGACAUGCCGGUCAAGCAUGCGUGUCUUCUAACCGACUCUUUGUGCAAAGUGGUAUCUACGAUUCCUUCGUUGAGAAGCUGGUCAACCAGGCGAAAGCGUUGAAGACUGGUCAUGGGAUGAAGGAGGGUACUACUAUGGGUGCACUCACGACCCCAAGAGGCUUGGACAAGGCAGAAGAGCUUUACAAGGAAGCCGUCGGGAAAGGUGCCAAGACGGUCCUUGGUAAUGGACAGCGGGAAGAUGGACGGGGCUACUUUAUGAAACCUACGAUUCUUACCAACAUGACCGACGACAUGGCCAUAACAAAUGACGAGAUCUUUGCGCCCAUCCUGGGUGUCUACCGCUUUGACACGGAGGAAGAGGUUGCCAAAAGAGCAAAUGAUACGCCGUAUGGUUUGACGAGCUACGUAUUCACCAAGAAUGUCGAUAGACUGAUGAGAAUGUUUGAGAACCUGGACGCUGGCAUGGUCGGACUGAACGUUGGAAACUGCUCUUCAGCUGAGGCACCUUUUGGAGGUAUCAAUGACAGUGGGCAUGGAAAGGAGAGUGGAAAGGAUGUUGCCAUUAAUGAGUUCCUCAUUACCAAGACUGGAACUCUGUCCAUUGAAGGGCAUUACUGA